GUAAAAGAUAAAAUUGGUAGUAGAAUUUGUGUUCGAAGGCUCGAAGAAUAUCUACCCUAGUCGUAGACGAUAAAUAAAUGUCCUAGGAAGGAAUUGCAAACAUGAUAGUAUUAGUGCUGGAAAGACUAACUUUCACAGAUAGGUGAAAAAUUAUGGAAGAUUAUGAAGAUGAACCAGAUUUAAAUGAACAAAUUUUUCACAACAAUGUUAGAGAACAAAUAAUAUUCCUUCUGCUUUUCAUCCUCCUGUACCUGUUCAGUUUCGCGCUGUUGAUUCGAUUCAAACGUCGUGGCAAAGAAGAUUAUUUCAGCACCGACGAAGAUGAAAUUACAGUAUACAGGAUCAGCACUUGGCUGUGUUCCUUUUCGCUCGCCGUAUCCACGCUGGCCGUUCUUCUUCUACCUAUAUCGAUCGUUUCCAACGAGGUCUUGGUCAACUAUCCGAACAGCUAUUACAUAAAAUGGCUGAACUCCUCCCUCAUACAAGGUUUAUGGAAUUACGUGUUCCUGUUUUCUAAUCUUUCGUUAUUCAUCGCGCUGCCGUUCGCGUAUCUGUUUACCGAGUCCGAAGGAUUCUUCGGGCAUCGGAAAGGCCUGAUGGCCCGAGUGUACGAGACCUUCACGGUCUUGGGAUUACUGGGACUCGUCGUACUAGGAAUGACUUACGUUAUAUCUGCCGUUAUUGACAAAGAUAAAUCUAGUAUUCAAACUAUUCUUAGUUUUUGGUCUUAUUAUUUGCCGUUUUUGUACUCGUGCAUAUCAUUUUUCGGUGUAUUAAUGCUGUUAGUGUGUACACCUUUGGGUUUCGUAAGGCUGUUCGAUGUGGUCGGCCAGUUCCUCGUGAAGCCUCGGUUUUUCCGCGAUCUCAACGACGAGUACUACGCGUGCGCUUUGGAGGAGGAGUCGCUGCGCAGGCGAUUGGAGCAAGCGAAGAAGACGAGCAAAUCGUACGUGGAUCCGGCGCCGAUGACCAUCAUCGCCGAGACUCCAAUGGCGGAGAAGGACGAUUACAAGUUGCCGGAGAACCUCCUGCGGUUGCGCAACGGCGAAUUGCAAUCGGGACUGAAGGAAAAACUGGUCGAAAUCGAGAUUAAACGAAGCACGUUAGAUAAACAGAGGCAAACUUCGUCGCUUCGAAGGAACGUGGUGUAUCCGAUAGCGAUGUUGUUGCUGUUGAGUUUGUCCGUUAUCGCUGUUUUGUUAGUAGUUCAAAAUACGUUGUCUCUAUUAAUCGGCAUCAAAGCUCUACCCACCAGCUCGAAGCAAUUUACUUUAGGCGUAAGUUCUUUAUCGAAGUUGGGACCGUACGGGGCCGCUUUAGAGAUCGUACUGAUCGUCUAUUUGAUCGUUACGUCUUCGAUAGGACUGUACACGGCGCCUUGCAUGAGGAAAAUCCGGCCGAAGCUCAAAAGCACGCCGUUCAGCUUGGUGAUCGGCAAUUGCGCGCUGCUCGUCAUCAUCAGUUCCGCGUUACCUUUGUUAUCAAAAAUUUUAGGUAUCACGAAUUUCGAUCUGUUGGGGGACUUUGGCAGUAUCGAGUGGUUGGGCAACUUCAAGAUCGUGUUGCUGUAUAACAUCCUGUUCGCGUCGGCGUCGACGCUGUGCGUCGUUAAUAAAUUCACGGCGAAAGUUCGCCGCGAAUUGUACAAUCGAUUUCUGGUCUUCAGCGUCAAAAUCGAAAAACACCCGGUAUCUGCUUCGAAUACUCCUCGCCCGUCUCUCCAAAAUUGUGAGUAAAUAAUAAAAUGCGCAGAAAAAAUAAAAUUAAUUGAAUAAAUACUCUUUCCAUAUAUUUAUUUCUUACUAUCGAUUUUUGUAUGUACUUGCUCAAUAUAUUGUAAAAUAUCUAGUCUUAAGUUGCGUUUUAUAUUGUACAUUUUGUUAGUUUGAAGUAUACAAUAUAUGAAAGUAAAUGUGAUACAAACGAUUUGUACGUUACUCUUUACAGAAUGUAAGAUGAUGCUUUGAAAUAAAACGAUUAUUCCA